GACAAACACGCUUAUAAAAUCUUUUAACCAAAAAAAAAAAUGGAGGGAGGAAUAAUACAUGGAGGAGCUGAUGAAUCAGCUUUCAAAGAAUGUUUCUCUCUAACAUGGAAGAAUCCUUAUGUUCUUCGUCUUGCUUUCUCUGCAGGAAUCGGUGGUCUUCUCUUUGGUUAUGACACUGGAGUGAUAUCAGGAGCUCUGCUUUAUAUCAGAGAUGAUUUCAAGUCUGUUGACAGAAAUACUUGGUUACAGGAGAUGAUAGUGAGCAUGGCGGUUGCAGGAGCCAUCGUUGGAGCCGCCAUAGGAGGUUGGGCGAACGACAAAUUCGGGAGGAGAAGCGCGAUUCUCAUGGCGGAUUUCCUCUUUUUAUUAGGAGCUAUUAUUAUGGCGGCUGCUCCUAACCCGUCUCUCCUUGUCGUUGGCCGUGUAUUUGUGGGCCUCGGGGUCGGGAUGGCCUCGAUGACCGCUCCUCUAUACAUCUCAGAAGCUUCUCCUGCCAAGAUUAGAGGAGCGUUGGUCAGUACCAAUGGGUUUCUCAUUACCGGAGGACAGUUCUUGUCUUACCUCAUCAACUUAGCCUUUACCGAUGUGACCGGAACGUGGAGAUGGAUGCUCGGAAUCGCCGGAAUUCCAGCUCUUUUGCAGUUUAUCCUAAUGUUUACACUCCCGGAGUCACCUCGUUGGUUAUACCGAAAGGGAAGAGAAGAAGAGGCUAAAGCGAUUCUAAGAAGAAUAUAUUCAGCAGAAGAUGUAGAACAAGAGAUUCGUGCACUUAAAGACUCAGUUGAGUUAGAGAUACUCGAAGAAGGAUCAUCUGAGAAAAUCAACAUGAUCAAACUAUGCAAAGCUAAAACCGUUAGACGAGGACUAAUAGCUGGUGUUGGUCUCCAAGUGUUUCAACAGUUCGUUGGGAUUAACACAGUUAUGUAUUACAGUCCAACCAUUGUUCAGCUCGCCGGUUUCGCUUCAAACAGAACAGCUCUUCUCUUGUCUCUAGUUACCGCAGGACUUAAUGCAUUUGGUUCUAUAAUUAGCAUUUACUUCAUUGAUAGAACCGGAAGGAAAAAGCUUUUGAUCAUUAGUCUUUUCGGAGUCGUUAUCUCGCUAGGAAUACUAACCGGUGUUUUCUAUGAAGCGACUACUCACGCUCCUGCGAUUAGCUCACUCGAGACACAAAGGUUCAAUAAUAUUACUUGUCCGGAUUAUAAGUCAGCUAUGAAUACCAAUGCUUGGGAUUGUAUGACUUGUUUGAAAGCUUCUUCUCCAUCUUGUGGCUACUGUUCCUCUCCCACUGGAAAGGAACAUCCCGGGGCUUGUUGGAUCUCUGAUGAUUCGGUUAAGGACUUAUGUCAUAACGAAAACAGGCUUUGGUACACGAGAGGAUGUCCUAGUAAUUUUGGUUGGUUUGCUCUUCUUGGAUUGGGACUUUAUAUCAUCUUCUUCUCUCCUGGAAUGGGGACUGUUCCAUGGAUAGUUAACUCAGAGAUUUAUCCACUGAGAUUCAGAGGAGUCUGUGGAGGAAUAGCUGCAACUGCAAAUUGGAUAUCAAAUUUGAUUGUGGCUCAAUCUUUUUUGUCAUUGACUGAAGCUAUUGGGACUUCUUGGACUUUUCUCAUCUUUGGAGUGAUCUCAGUCAUUGCUCUUCUCUUUGUUGUGGUUUGUGUUCCGGAGACAAAAGGAAUGCCAAUGGAAGAGAUUGAGAAGAUGCUUGAAGGAAGAUCUAUGGAGUUUAAGUUUUGGAAGAAAAGAUCAAAACUUGUUGAGAAACAAAACCAGAGUGCAUGAGAGAAACUCUUUAAAGAUUUCAUUAGAUUAUCAAUAAGAAAGCACAUGUCACUUGUAACUUUGUAUUGAAACUUAAUUGUGACAAUUUAGUGAUCUUCUAUUUUAAGAACCAGUAAAAUUUAGUUUUUAUG